AGCAGAUCGUGGAGACAUUUUUAUAGUCCACCAUCAAAAAUCGUCAUAUUGAACACCCUUACCCUCGACAAAAAUCGCAUACCGGGAGCACCGGACCGCAAGGGCACUUUACCGUCAGACCUAAAAGGGGCAGGGGCAGGGGCCCCAACAGUAGUGUAGUGCAAGAGUCCAUGUGGUGAGCGGGUGACCUCUGGUGGUGAGUGAACGGAAGUGCAUGGACAGGAUUCGUGACAGCUGGUACAUGAGUAGUUAUGGUGUUGUUCUGUGCCGUUCUGCAGGCUGUAGCCAGUUGCUUUCCAAAGCAUCAGCAGUGAUCCCUGCUACAACUAUGAGUCUCUGGAUCGUCCCUGGAGAGCCAACAAUGAAAGUGGAGACUGGAUUUGUGACGAAUCUUUCUCCUGGAAUGGCUGGUACCGGCUUUUCUACAAUGGAAUGAACAUCCAGAUGUCAGAGACCUGUGCCAUUUCAUACACCUGUAACACAUACUAUAAUCUGUGGCUCAAUGGUCCUCAUCCUCAGAUAGAGGAUGGAGUGGUGGUCAGAGAGGUCUGUGCAUCGUAUUAUCAGGGCAGCUGUUGUGAUUACAAGACAAAACCCAUCAGAGUGAAAGCGUGUCCAGGCAAUUACUAUGUCUAUGAACUUGUGAAUCCACAAAUCUGGUGUUCAGGAUACUGCACAGAUGUCAGCACCAUUUCACAGGUGGCUCACACUGUAAGUCCAGAUAUAAUCACUGGAUCCAGCAUCACAUUGAAUUAUGACCCGUGUGAAAACUACAAUGUAAUCAACGACUACUGGAGAAGCACAUUCAAUUACUGGUCUAUGUAUGGAUACAUCUAUGAUCAUGAUGACACUCGUGUUGAAUGGGAUGGCUGGUAUCGACUCUUCAUUGAUGGAUCAAGUGCUCAGAUGCCUGAGUGGUGUUUUUAUUAUAUGGCAUGUGGAGGUUUUAGUUCACUGUGGCUUGGUGGCUCUCAUCCUCAGCUAGAAGAUGGAGUUGUUACUCGUGAAGUUUAUGGCUCUCACUAUCAUCAGUGCAGUCGCUACAGAUCAGAACCAAUCCAAGUCAAAGCUUGUCCUGGAGAUUAUUAUGUCUACAAAUUUACCAGACCAACUCUUUUAAUCCCAGCUCCUGUAUAUUGUGCAGUUCCUUCCUCCACCCCAAGUGUCGACCCCUGCUACACCUAUAUCAGUCUGGAUGAGCCUUGGAGAUCCAUAGACAACUAUAACUACUAUGGCAUGUGUGAUUAUAAUGUGGAGUGGAAUGGCUGGUACAGGAUGUUCUACAAUGGUGAAAAUGCUCAUAUGCCAGAAUCAUUUGUAAAUCAAGGCAUGUGUGGCACUUAUGAUCCACUGUGGCUCAGCGGCCCUCAUCCUCAGCCGGAAGAUGGAGUGGUCACCCGUCAGGUCUGUGUCUCAUGGAGUGCCGACUGUGAAUACAAAUCCCACCCUAUACGAGUCAAAGCCUGUGCUGGAGAUUACUAUGUUUAUGAGUUUGUCAAGCCAAUAGUUUGCGGAGCAUACUGUGUAGACGCCUCAAAUCAGUCCAUCCCAUCAGUGUCUACAACACCUGAGACAAUCCCAUCCGCAGAAUCCAUUACUCCACCAAUCACAACCACUGCUCCCCCUGUUGACCCCUGCUACAACUACAAUGUCCUGGAUGAUUCAUGGAGAUCCACCAACAAUCAACAUUCCUCUCAAAUAAUGUGUGACGCUUGGUUCAGCUGGAGCGGCUGGUACCGUCUCUUCAUUCAGGAUCAGAGCGUUCAGAUGCCAGACACAUGUGUUGAGAGUAUAGUUGUGGCACUCAUGCUCCACUCUGGCUGAACGGAGGACAUCCAACAGUUGAGGAUGUCUGCGGUCACU